CGCGAACAGCCAUCUUGCAAGCUGAGGCGGCGGCGGCGCUGCGGCGGUUCGGUGGCCUCGGUCCCGGCGCGGUGAGGCUCUCCGGCGCGGGCCACGCUCUUCCUUCCCUGCUCCGGCCUCGACCACGGCGAGCCUGAGCGCGGCGGCGGCCCACGCGCGGCGACGGGGAGAGAUGAGCAGCAACAGCAAUAAAAGAGCUCCAACAACAGCGACCCAGCGGCUGAAACAGGACUAUCUUCGAAUUAAGAAGGACCCGGUGCCUUAUAUCUGUGCUGAGCCCCUCCCUUCCAAUAUUCUUGAAUGGCACUAUGUGGUCCGAGGCCCAGAGAUGACCCCUUAUGAAGGUGGUUAUUAUCAUGGAAAACUAGUUUUUCCCAGAGAAUUUCCUUUUAAACCUCCUAGUAUUUAUAUGAUAACGCCCAAUGGAAGAUUUAAGUGCAAUACAAGGCUGUGUCUUUCCAUCACGGAUUUCCACCCAGACACGUGGAACCCGGCCUGGUCUGUCUCCACCAUCCUGACAGGCCUCCUUAGCUUCAUGGUGGAGAAGGGCCCCACCCUGGGCAGCAUAGAGACGUCGGACUUCACGAAAAGACAACUGGCUGCACAAAGUUUAGCAUUUAAUUUGAAAGACAAAGUCUUUGGUGAAUUAUUCCCUGAAGUCGUGGAGGAAAUUAAACAAAAACAGAAAGCCCAAGAUGAACUCAGUAGCCGACCCCAGGCUCUUCCCUUACCAGAUGUGGUUCCAGAUGGGGAAACACACCAUGGUCAGAACGGGCUUCAGCUCCUCAAUGGGCACGCGCCAGGGGCUGGGCCACACCUCGCGGGGCUCCAGCAGGCCAACCGGCACCACGGACUCCUGGGCGGCGCCCUGGCGAACUUGUUUGUUAUAGUCGGGUUUGCGGCUUUUGCCUACACGGUCAAGUACGUGCUGAGAAGCAUAGCGCAGGAGUGAGCCACAUGCCACGGCCGGCAGAAGUGGUCAAAAACGAGGGACACUGGGCCCGAGCUUGCCAUGGGCUGGCUGGACAUGCCGCCGAGCGCAGGGUGGACCUGCCUGACUCCUGGGGUUAGCUUUUUAAAAACCUUGAAAAGGAAAACAAAAACCAAAGUGUGUAAUUUGGAUUUAGAGGAGAUGCAAGAUUCUCAGCUCCCUGUCCUCGCUCUGGGGUCGUUGGGGACCAUGGAGCUUGGGUGUCGAGGAGGAGGGGCCUCACGCUUUGGUUUUAUAGCUUAUCUCCUGUAUCGUCUUUUGGACCUGUUUUAGUAAACAUGUUUUUCAUUUUAUUAGAUUUGGUCACUUAAAAAUACAAAACUCGAUUAUCA